CAAUGGUAGGCACAGCAAACCGCGCGGGAAGGGUCCCUGGGUAAGGUGGUGGUGGGGCAGAAAGUGAUCCGUGCAGCUCCGCCCAAAGGCAGGUGAAUUGGCCCAGGCUGGGCCAAAAUCUCUAAAUUCUUAUGCUGUUGUCCCGUCACGAACCCCAGGCGAGGGAAGGCAAGAAAAUUCCGCCGUGGACCGCCGACGGAAACAAACAGGCGCACUGGACCAGGGCUUCCGCUAGGUGCCCGCUUCUGCCCACCGAUUUUUCCCCUGCAGUCUGUCUCCAUCCGGAGCUUUGUGGUUGCUCUCAGCAGACUACGCCUUGAAAGGCGAUAAACCACAGCGACACGAUGGCUGUCCCGACGAAGAACACGUUCGCCAUCUUCGCCGAGCUCGGCAACGAUGAGGGUGACGAGAUCCCCACCAUCCCCGUGAAGGCGGUCGAGAAGACAUCGACCCAUACCGCCAAGCGCAACACCGACGGUCUUGCCCCCACCAAGGCCCCGGCCUCUGGCGGCAACCGUAGGGGCGGCGCUGCCGUGGGCGGCAACGAGGCUGCCUUCCGUGACCGCAACGCUGGGCGCGAGUCCAACCGUGGCAAGCCAACGGAUGAGGCCCCUCGCGGCGGACGCCGUGGUGGCUUCCGUGGCCGCGGCGGCAGACGCGAAGAGGGCGGCGAUCGUCACCCGACCAGGAGUGCUCCUCACAACUCCGAGAAGCAGGCCGCCCAGUCGUGGGGUGCCAACGAGGGUAAGGCUGAGCUGAAGGACGAGCAAGCAGCCGAGGAGAUCGCUCAGACCGAGCAGAAGGAGGGCGAGGCCGCCCCGGAGGCUGAGGCCAAGGAGGAGGAGCCCCAGGAGAAGCACCUCACCUACGACCAGUACCUCGCCCAGCUGGCUGAGAAGAAGCUGGCUCUCGAGGCCGAGGCGGCCCUGAAGGUCCGCAAGCCCAACGAGGGCGUCAAGGACGACAAGUGGAAGGACUUCGCUCCCCUCACCAAGAAGGACGACGAGGAGGAGCUGUUCGCCGGCUCCGGGGGCAAGACAAAGCGCGAGCGUGAGCGCAAGACCAAGCAGUUCGUCGAGCUCGACAACCGCUACAUCGAGCCCGAGCGCACCCGGGGCGGCCGUGGGGGUCGCGGUGGCGCCCGUGGUGAUGCCGGCCGUGGCCGUGGCCGCGGCGGGCCGCGCGGCGAGUUCCGCGGCGGCCGCGGCCGUGGCGGGGAGAACCAGCCGCCGCUCAAUACCAACGACCAGGAUGCGUUUCCCAGCCUGGGCAGCGCCAAAGCCUAAAUAUACUCGCGCGCACCAAAGAUCGGCAUGCGCUGCGGGGGCUUAGACACAGGUGCUUGCCCCUCGAGCGUGCGCCUGCCAACAGGGUAGAUGAAGGGAUAAGGGGUAGGGAAGGAAGGAGUAUAGCACCUGUGAUUUGGCCGUGGACAACAGCGAGGCA